UUUCCGAUUUAGAACAAAAUUAUUUAAGCUUGUGAUACUUUGGCUCGUUAGAUCUUAAUAAUUUAAUAAAUGAUAUAAACUUCUAGAUUCUAGGUCUUGAUUAGAUCUAGUUAAUUAGUACUGAAUUUUCGCAAUGGAUAAUUCACAUAAACAUUCUAAUUUGGAAAAUGAAAAGAACUCAGUGCAUUCACAUGCUGCCUCAAAUCCAAAACAUGUCAGCAUUUCUUCACCAAACGAAUUUGAAUUGUUAGAAUUGUGCCAAAAGGAUGUUCGGGAGAGAGUAAACUUACUAGAUCUAGAUUUACCACAAACUUCUACUAUGACAUUAGUGCAAACACCUCUAGCAGCGAUGCCCGCAGUCACAAUACCCAAUGUAAUCAGCAUUAAUAAUAAUGGCAGUACUGUGAGUACUGGUCUCACCUCAACUACAAAUUUGAAUAGAUCUUGUUCCACAUCUAGAUCUAGAACUGCAGAUUGUGCUCAACUUUUAGAAAGUAAUGAUAUUUCUCUUCUUGUGAAUUUAGAAAUGGAUGGUGCAAUCCAGAACAAUACGCAUAGUAGCCUUAAUACUAAUACUAAUAGUAACAAGGGCAAAGGAAAUUUCCCGUCUGAUUCUGAACAAAAGCAUAGGCUCUUUCAAGACCCGAAAAUCCUGCUUCAAACAAACACUUAUUCAAGCUCAAGUGAAAUUAGUUCAGAAAAUUGCAUAAAUCCACCAAGAGUCAACUGCCCAGAAAAAAUUGUAAUUUGUCUUGACUUGAAUGAAGAAAUGAACACAACAACAUUUAGGUCAAGAGCAGGGGAUAAAUACACAGGGCUUGAGCUUGCUAAACGUGCCAUCAAGAUGUUUGUUAUGCACAAGACACAGAUGAAUCCAAAGCAUGAGUUUGCGUUUCUAAUAUUUCAUCAAGACUCAACUAUGAUACAGUCAUUUACACCCAGAGCGGAAGAUAUCCUCAAUACUUUGGAUGAGAGCGUCAUAGAAACACAGAAAUCUGGACCCUUGGAUCUGUCACAGUUAUUUUCGACAAUUAAGGAAAAUGUAACACUACCAGUGGUUGAAGGAGAUCCUCAAGCAAUAACCCCACCAUUCACUGUCCGGGUCUUACUUGUUUUUGGAAGAUCUCACACUGUUCCUGUAGUCUCUUCCACUGAGGCUCAAAAAGAAUUAGAAUCUUCACCAUAUUUCUUUACUGAUGUGCUGUAUAUACAUGAGCCUCCUACAGAAGAAAACAAAUGUGAAGAAAUCUUCCACAAAUUAUGUGAACUUGACCACCGUGGCCUAUCAUACAUCUUUGAGCAAUCCAAGUAUACACCUAUUUUAAACAGCGGCGCCAAACUAUUGGCUCACCCAUUACAAAGGCCACGACAGCUUGAUGCCAUGUACAAGAUUGGAUUACCUGUUUCUGCUAUUCAAAUACCAACACCACAUGCUUUAGUAGAGGAUAAGAUAUAAAAGUAUUAUUUUAUAUUUUAAUCUACAUAUGAAGGGGAAAAAAUAUUAGCAUCAUACUCAUGGUAUAGAAGAUAAAGGCCAGUGGUUUUAUUGAAACAGUUUUUUUUUUAUUACAAUCAUUAGGUUCUAUCUUAAACUUCAUAAGUUAAAAACUUCAUUGAUCAAUAUCAUUUUAAGGUUUCUUUUUCUAUUCUAAGCUUAAGUCAUUUCUAACAUGUUAUUGUUACAGCAAGGUGCUUGAAAAGGUAGUUGUGCAAUAUAUUUUGAGUAUUCUAUCUAUCAGCAAAGUUAAUGCUAUUUCAACUAUUCAUAUGUGACUAAAAUAAAAGUUUGAAUAAGGUGUAAAGAGAUUUUAUUUUAUUAAUCGCCUGUAGUUUAGAAGUUUGUGGACAAAUGGUGUAUCUGCAUUUUGUUUAGACGCUGAAAGAAUGCAGUGACCACUGAUCAUGUAGGCCUACUGCUCGUCUUUCACUAUUUUACUGGCUAUUUAUAAUUAAAUAAAAAUGUAUUUCCUUAUUUCUGUUCAAAAGGUUAUUUUUAUGAAAUAGUGACCAUUUAAAAUGCCUUGUUUAAGUUGUGAUUAACCAGUUUUGUUUCAUUUUAUUCAUAUUUUGGAGGAUCAAAUUGAACCGUAUUCAUAUUUCCUACUUAAGUGAUAAUGUAAAAUAAUAAUAAACUAUUAUA